CUUCCUUCUCAGCGGGUUCCGGUUCUUCAGUUAUAACCACGUUUGUUUCGAAGGAUAUUUUCUUUGCAUGAAGAUUCACUCCAUUGACUAACCAGCCAAGUUGAAUUUUAAGGUUAAAGGUUACAAGUCAUUGAGAGAGAGGACAGGCAUUGAAGUGACGUGUGGUUAUGAUGAUGGAUCCGAAUUCCUCAGACCUGGGUGGUUCAGCAGGAGAGGGAACACCUCUCCUGUCUGAACCAAUGAGCAUGGAUACAGAUAAUCUCCAGGUUCAGGGUGACCCAGGGUCAGAGGCUACCUUGUCCCCUCAUUCCUUUGAGAACAACAAUGAGAAUGAGGAUGAUAAGAUAGAAGGGGGUGACAGUGAUGGCAGCCAAGAGCUGUCAGGGACUGACUCCUCAGCUGAGGAGGAUGUAAAGGAAGACAAAACUGAGGAAGGGAAACUUUUUGAAGCAGUUUUAAAUCUUGAAGCAGGUCCAGACAGUACCACCUGUUCCAAAGAUGAAUUGAAGAAGAAGAAAAGGAAGAAGAAGAGAGAAGAUGGUGAUGAAUCUAAACAACAAUCAGGGUUGAAAGGACCCUUUGAAGGCCUAGAUGUUUUCAGGUUAUGUCGCAUUUGUGGUGGAAACUUUAGGAACCCCAAACUGUUGAAAUGCUUACACACUUUCUGCACAGAUUGCGUCCAAACCUUGGUUCAGUGUAAGGAAGAGAAGACCUCUUUAAAGUGUCCUAUCUGUAAAGUGGAGGAAACUUAUGAAGAGGAACCAACACUUCCCAUACAUCAUUUGUCUAAACGUCUAGCAGAGGGAAAAGCCAUGGCCAAGGAUACUCAACAAUGUAGUAUCUGUACUCUUAAUGCACUGUUCCUGCCGGCAAUCAAAAUCUGUUUUGAAUGCAAGGACUUUCUCUGUGAAGGAUGUGCUGACAAGCACAAGUUUUCCCGUUUCACCAUUGAUCAUAAGAUAACAGAUCUUGAUGAAGAGUCCUGGCAGGAAUCCCUUGAAAAAGUUCACAUUGAAAAUAUGAUGUGUUCAGAGCAUGAAAAAGAAGAAGUACGUUUCUUUUGUGAAGACUGCUACAAUCUUGUCUGUAGGGACUGUGUUAUCCUUAAACAUAAUGAUCACAAAAAUCUUCCUGUCAACCAGGCUGUCAGUUCCAGAAAACAAGAGUUUGAGUUCAGGAUGCUAGGAAUGACACAAAGACUUAAGUUUGCCGAAAGAGAGAUGACUUCAAAUGAUGAUGCUUUAGCCAAUUUACAGCGCCUCCAGGAAAAGGAAAUUGCCAAAAUAAAAGCUGAAGUAGCUGAUUUGAAGCAGAGGCUUGAUAAGGAAGAGGAGAAAGCCAUAGAAGCAAUCACUAAAAAAGUGACUGCAACCAUGAAAUCUGGAAAGAAAAGAAAGAGGAAUGCACACAAACUUGUUGAUCGCAUUCAAGAAGUAAAAUCACAUUGUCUAAAAUUUUUGCAACAGAGUACUGAUGAAGAGUUUCUGGACAAUCAGAAUCUGUUCAUGGGAGCCAUGACAACAACCUUGAAUUCUACAGUCCACCCAGAACCUCUCAACUGGAGUAAACUUCCGUUUACACAGGCAUCUAAGGUCUUUCGAUUGGCUCAAACAGAACCCCUGUUUAUUGUUCAUGACAGGAAAAUUGUUUUCAACUUAGUUGAAGAUAUGCCUACCCAGUGUACCAUGACACAGUGGCUUGCAAAGAAAAUUGAUGUCAGUCGUGGACUUGAUUAUGCCCAGUCAGUUCAGAACAGAAUUAAGACUAAACAAAGGUCAGAGAACAAAAGCUUCAAAAAGGAAGAGGCCAGGGAGAUCAAGGAGGCUUUAGUUAACAUAAAUACACCUCCAAAAGUGCAGAGCCCAGAUCAACGAUCUUCAAAAGUAAAGAAAGUACAAAACUCUACAGUACCUUGCCCAGGCGGAGAGGACACUCAACAGGAAGAAGAAGGAAAGAAAAAGAAGAAGCCUAGAAACAAAAAUAAAAACAAAGAUGGAAUAGUGCAAGAUCCAGCUCAGACAUCAUCAGAUCCUUUACAGAAGCCUAAUGCAGGACAAGAACAGAAGCCCAAGGUUAAAGUGGAACCAGAUCAGGGCAACAAAAAGCAGCAAAAUGCUGCCACAGCACGUUCUGUGAAACAGAAGAUAGCCCACCCUCACCAAUUUGUAGCUUUCAAGUUCAAUUCACAAAUGCCAAUGGGAAAUAUGAAUGGAGCCUCUGCAGGUCCAUUACGUGUUCCAACGUUGUCUCCACUGUGGCGAAUUGAUCUCUACCUUCGCUCUGACAAAUUUCAACCUAAUGUUACAGCAACACUUUGCAUAGGGAUGGAAAAGGUUGCUGUAGCAGAUAGUGGUAACAACAAGAUAAAAAUGUUUGCUACAUCUGGUGAGUUUUUGGAAGAACAUCCUGCCUUCCAGCCUGUUAGUCUGGCUUACUGUGCUGGAAAACUCAUUUGGUGCAGUGAAAAUACACUGGGUUUCCUAGACCUUGGAAACAAGGAAAGGGGAGAAGUGACCUUUGACCUUGAUGCAGUACCACAUCCAUUGUCGACUGGGAGCAUCACUCAGCUUCUAAUUGGUAAUGGACAGAACAUAUGUGAGUAUAACUGGUCUAAGAAAGAGAAAUAUUGGGCUCCAACCAAUAAGAUUGUACCGAGACAUUCCAACAAGAAGCGCUUCAAGAGUAACGUAAUGAGUCUGACAAACAGUGCAGGGAGCCAGACAAUCGUCUAUAGUGAUUGGCAGCAGAGCAGUGUGGUGUUCAUGGACGGUUCUGGUGUCAUCACCAACAUUUAUCGUGAGAAUGACAAACAGAAUGGCUUCCUGCCGACUGGGUUAUUCUAUGACAGAACAGCCAACACUGUAUUUGUCCUGGACCACCAAGGAAAUCGUCUACUGUUGCUGAAUAGUGAAGCCAAAUAUCUUCAAGAAUGGUCUACUCUGCCAGCCAUUCAAAAACCACUCAGCGUGACUGGGAAUAGAUCUGGCCAAUUAUUCAUAACUGGCAACGAUCAGUUCCUGCAUGUGUACAAGUUUACAUACUAAGUGGUCAUUUUUAUCUCAACGGUGACCAAACAGUUCACAUGUAGCUGUAGUUCUCAACCUAAUCAGUUUCUUUUGUUAGACAUACAGUUAACUAUUGGAUACGUUUGUUUCUGACAGUCAGACAAGUGAGAGUUGAUCUGUUGGAAUCCAGGUUCUGAACUUAGUUACAAGUUCUGUAGGAAUCUUGUUAAAGGACCAUCAUAUUAUCUGUUGUUGGGAUAAUUCAAGGAAACAGAGUUUAAGUUGUACCAGGCUCUAUUAACAUAAUGACACCUACCAGGUAACUUAAAGAUCUAAGAUACAUUUUUGUUAAAAUUAUCUCCCUGAAAGAAACUUAGCUUUAUCUAUUAAGUAAA